AUGCCGGUCUCCAUAUUUCCAGUGGAUUCGAGGCGCAGGAGGAAAUCCCUCCUGUUACCAUUAAAGACCGACUCGGAUGGGUCUGGAUCGAACCGUUCUGCGGCCAGCCCUGUCGCCACUAUCCCGAGUUCACCGGCCAGUUCUUCCUCCGUCACCGUCGAGGGGGACCACAAGCUGUUCUCCCUUUCCAACCUCAGCCACAGGACAAAAAGGUCUCACAGCAGCCGGGACUCGUCCGUAUUCGAGUACAGCGUCACCGGCCCUGCCCCCGGCAACAACAACAACAAUAACAAGAACAACAACAACAACAACAACAACAACAACAACAAUAACAACAACAACCAUCAUAGCAACAGCACCAGCAGCAACAGCAGCGCCAACCAUAACCCGCGACCCUUGAGCUUUUCACAUCGGCGCAAAUUGUCAAAGUCACGGCCUGUCUCGGCCCCCUUCGAGGUGAUGAAUCGCCGAAGCUCCGGCUUCUCGGACGACUAUAGUCGCAUGUCAGUCGCCGACACCCUGAGCACAUGCACAACGAGUCCGGCCGCUAUCGAAUGGAAGUCCCAGGAUGUCGAGGGCUUUUCGGCUCUCGAGACCGACACCAAACUCUUAACGACAAAGACGCCUUACCUUGUCGUUACCGCAGACUAUCUCGUCAAGGUUAAGAACCGCGCCGAUGUCUUCUCCCUGUUCCCUCAGCUUCAGAGCGAUGGCCAACGACCAGCGAGCUUGGGCCCCCCGCCAGAACCUAUCCUCGUCAUCCCGACUACCUCGAUUGUAUCCGUAUUUGUGGCUGAGAGCACCAAACCGUCCUUUGGUCUAGAAGUAUGGUGGAAGGCACAAUCUGGGGUCUCCUUCCUUCAUACAACCUUCCACUUUGACCUUCCUACCGACAGAGAUGAGCAACUAUACAAUGUUGUUCAGACGAUCCGAGGGCCCCAUAUCGAGGACGAGGAUUUUGCGCGUCGCUCGGUCGAGGUAUCCGAGCUCAUCAGGACGAUUCAAGAAACCGAGGAGCCCAAGUUUAUCAACCAUAAUCUGCAAAUAUUUCCCGUAGUACCACGAGGCAUCACCCGAAAGGAGUCUAGCUUCAAGCAAGAGGAUGACCCCAAGAAGCCACAGGAAAGCCCCGCUUUCUACCUGGUCAUUGGACCUCAUCUCUGUUAUUUUAUUGAGCUGCAGAGGGGCAAGAACGGCGACCUGGUUUGCAAGCACAAGACUUUUGGUCUAGUAACCCUGGAACUCUUCAAGGCCGACUGGACCAUCCACCAAGAAAGAUUCAACAUCACCUUCCGGGAUCCAUUCCAACCACCAGUCACACUGGAACUCGCGAGUCGCUAUUACCGCCACAUCAUUCGCGACUUUUGUGCUGUCGACCGCUUUCUGAAGCCCGCAUGGCCGCAAAUCUGGCAGAGCCGUGAGAUCUUCCACGUUACCGGACUCAAGGAGACACAUCUCGUUACCGCUGGUGAGGACUUCGGAAGCGUCAAGAGGACCCUGGAUGCCUAUCUAGCAGCAUACCGAUGCCCCGCGGUCGAUUGGGAAAUCAACUGGAAGACCAAGUUCGCCCCCGAGUUUCGCCUACUGCCCGCCAAAGAUGGGAACAGCUACUCACCACUCCAACUGCUGGCUGUCUUGCGCGCCUUAAGAUACAACGACUACUUCAACUCGCUGUCGUUCCGUGAUGUCGACCUGGGUGUGCUGUGGAGCGUGAGCGAUCAGCAUGCGAGACGGGGAAAUGUUGCCUGGCUGAGCCGGACUUUGGUUGCACUGGGGACUGAGGAAAUCGAGAUCCUCAAUAUCAGCCCCGUAUUGCACCAGGAGUUCCAUGCGCUUGCCUUUUGCUCGGAAAACAUUCGCCAGAUCGACUUUACCAAUGCUUCCAAGUCUUAUCCCAACAAGGUCUCAACGAGCGGACAAGAUACGCCCAGCCUUCAGUUCCUCACGCCCGUUCUAGAGCUGCUCAAGGCCGGCAUCACACGAUGCAAUCGUCUGAUUCUUGCCGGUAACCUGCUGCUGCAACCCGAUCUCGCUGAGCUGGCUGUGGCACUGAAAGCUGCCCCUAUUCAGGCACUGGAUGUCUCCUAUUGUGGCUUGGAUGACAUGAGUCUGCGAGACUUGAUUAUCACACCCCUUCUGGAUGGACCUCGGAUGGUGCAGCUCCUGGAUUUGUCCGGUAACCCCGGGCGCGUGGCGUGCCAAACCGUUCCUGAUCUGCUAUACAGUCUUUCGGAUCUGAGGGAGCUGAACCUUGCUGGUAGCCUUCGGGGAGAAAUGGCUGGACCGUUGCUCCCCAUCGAGGCACUUGAGAAUCUCCCGGGCCUAGAACUACUUGAUGUUUCGAACUAUGCGCUCAAUCUCCCUACUUUGCGCGAGAUUGAAGAGUUCCUGACAUUGAGAGGUUCCAAAAUUGACAACCAGGUUCCUGUGCGAUUCCGCAAAUUGGUAUUGAACCGAUGCGCCAUCACCGGAACUAAAGCCGCCAGGCUAUUCAACGCUAUUGGCGUGAACCACGGACUUUAUCUCUGUCUCAACGGCAACCCUGUUGAGGAGGGAAUCGAUGCUUUGUGCGAUGCCAUUCGUCAAUCACAGACCCCGGCCGGUUUGAGCAUGGAGAUGAUCGAGUUUCGGGAAGAAAGUCACUACCUGUCAUUGAUCAAAGCGCUCACAGACACCAGAUAUAUCACCUCGUUGAGCCUUCUUGGAACUGCGCCCUCAACCCCGUCUCAAGGCACCUGCAGUCGUGAAGCCAUUCGGGUAUUUGAGCGUUUCUUCGCCGAAAACAGGUCGAUCCGUUAUCUGGACAUUUCCGGCUUCAGCGGUAAACUCGACGAUGGACAGCUCGCCAAGGGAUUCGGUCGGUCCCUUAUCGGCUUGACGCGCAACAAGACUCUGACCUACCUCAGAAUCCGGAACCAGAACCUACAUGAGGAUGCAGGAAUUUUGGGCAAGGUGAUCAGUGAAAACAGACAGUUGAUGUUGUUUGACUGCCAGGAUAACAAAUUUAACUGCACCAGCUUCCAAUUCCUGGCACAGAGCAUGCGGACGAACACCCAGAUCAUCGAAUUCCCCGUGGAGAGGAGGGAGAGGGACGCCAUCUGGAAGAACACCCUACAGGGCUUGAACAGAGGUCCUUAUGGUCAGAUAUUGACCAGCACCACGGGAACCGGUACGGUACCCACCAAGGGCAAGAAGGGGAAGAAGCACGAGAGCCACAAGUCUUUGUCGUUGAGCAAGGCGACGCAACAUGCCGCGGCCAACGGCAGCAGCAACCUGAAGGAUCCACUGAAGGAGCAGGAGACCAUGCUUCGUACCGUGCUGUCACGACUCUUCGAUGAGCUCGACGGCUAUCUCAGACGGAACCGCCAUGCGCUCGAGGAAGCUUCCGGACAAGCGCUCGACUUUGAUGGUCUUGCUUCUGACGGCCAGGAGGAGGUCUGGCCCGGUUCGCCCGUGGUCGUGGACGUUGAGAGUCCCCUUGACAACACGGGUAGAAACGCAGGAGAUAUGUCCCCUACCGAACAAGGAGCGGGAGGCCAAGGAGGACUGGCACCAGACACCGCGGCGAUGCUCAAAGCACGUCGGGCAACUGUCCGCUCGUCCAUGAUUGCUUCCGGCAAAUAUAACAUCGGAGCCUAUCCCCCACCGCCCAGCCUGCCGCCACCCCCGAUUCCAUCCUUCUCGCUCUUCCCGGACAUCAGCGAAACUACUCUCGAUCCCGUCACCGAAGUUGACACACCCGUAUUUGAGUUCCAGCGCGAAUUGGGGCUGACCGCCGAGCCCGCCAUUAACGGCAGCGGUGACGGAAACCCCAUUUUCACAAACGAGAUCAGCCGUAACAGCGGCAUCUAUGCCAACGGCACCGGCUACGGAAGCAGCGUAAACCUAAGCCACCACAGCGCCAGCAGCAGCCGUAGCGAGGACAUCAGUCCUAUGACGAUGCCGGCCACGCCUAGCCCGCCCAACACGGCGCCGCCGCCAAUUCCGAGAGUUCCAGUCUCCAGCAGGAAUAGCUCGUUCACGCCGCCGUCUCCGCCGACUAUGGCCGGCAACAGCGGAUACCUCAGCCACCACAGCGCCAGCAGCAGCCGCAGCGAGGACAUUAGCCCCAUGACGAUGCCGGCCACGCCUAGUCCGCCCGCCACUGCGCCGCCGGCGAUUCCCAGGGUUCCGGUCUCUAGUAGAAAUAGUUCUUUCAUGCCGCCGGCGCCACCUACUAUGGCUCCGCCACCACCGCCUAGGCCUGUGUCGAGUUCUACGUUGGCAUCCGCAUCAGCACCGGCUGUACUGGAGGCGACGGCCGCUAACAAGAGGGAAGGCAUUAUUGGUGUGAGUGAAGAUGAUUCUGCUCUUGUCAAGCUGCUCAGGGAUUUUAAAGCUACUGGCUUUGCCUGAUCUGUUCACAUAUUCACAUCCACCAACAUCUACCCAUGAUAAUCCGCGCAAUCUUGCGGAACUGGAUGGUUCUCAAGUUGCACAAUAAGCGGAUUACAAUAAAGAAACACAAAAAUACUGUUCCCGGUGUGGGAGUCGGACAGUCACUGUACAUACCAAAAAACACACCACCAUUUCAUUUUCACAUACACAUCAUUGGCAGGGGAGUGAGCGUCGCUGAGACCCACGAGGGAAAUUGCUCCGUCGAGUUUUCCUACUAUAUCUUUUACUACUACUACUACUACUACGACUACUACUGCAGUGUGUUUUUGAUACCCCAUACAUACAUACAUACAUACAUUUAUAUAUUGUACAGGCUAAGCAGGCAGACUAAUUGAGCAAGCGAGCGGGUGGAUGAGCAACCUGUGGAAGGGAUGGUAGAAGGGAACAAGUGGGGUUUGAUUCAGCGUGGUUGGAUAAUAGUUCUCCUUGGGAGGAAAAGGAAGUGGGAAAAAAGAAGGCUGUAUAUACAGAAGACGUACGAUGAAAUUGGUGGCUAGGGUGCGUAUGUGGAGCGUAUACGGAGGAUAAAGAAGGAUGGAAAGAAAGAAAGAAAGAAAGGGAACUGAUUGAAAAGAAAGGCAUUAUUGAAAAGGUCGACUGGUCGGUCGGUUGGCUAAUGGGGUAUGGCAAGGCAUAGUCGGUGGGUCGGUUAGGACGGCAUGCAUUGUAUGUGGUUGAGUUAAAGGUAUCAUAUGGAUUGAAAAGGGACGGAAGGAAGGUUAUCUCCAGGAUAGGAUAGGAGUAUUAGGAUAAAGGAUACAGGAAUUGUGAUACUGGAUAACAUGCUCGACCACUGUUCAAGUUGUUGG